AUGUUUUUUUCUCGAAAUCAUACACCCUAUGAUGAUUCUGAUGUGAAACUUGAUUGUUAUGUAGAUAUACAAGUUGUUCUUCCCAGCAUCGUCACAAAAUUACUGGAAGAUUACAUCCUCCCAGAUUAUCAAGUGAUGGACAAAGAGUGGACUAAAUUUCCAUGGUUUAGUCAAGAGUACAUCAACGGUGUUACUCGAUUUUUAGACUUUGCCUUCACUAAUGGAAGCCCUCAUGGAGAUGAGCUUCUAUGCCCUUGUGCCAAGUGUAAAAAUUUGUAUUGGAAAACAAGAGAUGUUAUUAAGGAUCACUUAAUAGCCAAAGAUUUUCUAAAAGGUUAUGACGUAUGGUUGCACCAUGGGGAGAAUCUACAAAGGUCUAUGGAAAUUGGUGUUGCGAUGGAAGAUCAAGAGGGAUCACAUGAUGACAUUCAUGGCUUAUUGCAUGACAUAUAUGUAGAUACUGUAGAAGCACACGGAGUUCAUGAAGGUCCCAAUGACGAUGCUAGAACGUUUUACAAUUUGAUUAAAGAGGCGGAACAAGAACUAUACCGUGGAUGCAAAGGCUUCUCUUCGUUAUCAUUCACGAUUCGACUCUACUUGUUAAAAUGUCUUCACGACUGGAGCAACACGUCAUUCACUGCCCUCUUAGAAUUGUUGAAAGAAGCAAUGCCUGAUUUAAACAUUGUGGUAUCAUUUUACAAGACAAAAGCCAUGAUAAGUGGUUUAGACCUUGAUUAUAAAAAGAUAGAUGCAUGCCUAAACGAUUGCAUGCUAUUUUGGAAAGAGCAUGAAAAGGACAAUUUUUGCACUGUUUGUGAAGCUUCACGGUGGAAACAAAAUGCUCGAACUGAAGGAUGCGAGUCUGAGCAAUCGAAAAAUGAUUAUAGAGUUCCUGCAAAAAUUUUGAGGCACUUUCCGUUGAUUCCUAGACUACAAAGGUUGUUCAUGUGUUCAAAGACAGCUGAGUCAAUGAGAUGGCAUGAAGAAGAGCGCUCAAAGGAUGGGAAAUUGAGGCAUCCUGCUGAUGGUAAAGCGUGGAAGGACUUUGACGAGCUCCAUCCAGAAUUUUCUAGUGAGUCCCGCAAUGUAAGACUUGGCUUAACGAGUGAUGGGUUUAAUCCAUUUAGGACAAUGAGCUUAUCUCAUAGUACAUGGCAUGUCUUGAUGAUGGUAUACAACACACCACCUUGGUUGUCCAUGAAACCUGAAUAUACAAUGUUGUCAUUGUUGAUUCCGGGACCAAAAUCUCCAGGAAACGAUAUCGAUGUUUACCUCCAGCCACUGAUAGAUGAGCUAAAGGAGUUAUGGGAAUCCAGCAUAGAGACAUGUGAUUCUUCAAUGAAUCAAACAUUUCAAAUGCGUGCAGCUCUUAUGUGGACAAUUAGUGACUACCCUGCUUAUGCUAUUUUGUCGGGUUGGGGCACCAAAGGAAAAUUGGCGUGUGCAUGUUGUAAAUCUAACACCAAUUCGUUAUACCUCAAAUACAGUCAUAAGAUGUGUUAUACGAACCACCGUAUCUUUUUACCAAGAACUCAUUCUUGGAGAGGUGAUGUCAAAUCAUUUAAUGGAGAAGAAGAACAUAGGACUGCACCAUCCAUGUUAAACGGGGCAGAAAUUCUUGAACUCUUAAAAGAUUUCAAUAAUGAAUUCGGGAAGAAGAAAAAGAAGAAAACAAAAUAUCAUAUUAAAGCCCGCUAUGAUUUGCAAGAAUUGGGAAUUAGAGAAAGACUUCAUCCAAGGGAUAUUGGUGGAGGACGUUCAGAGUUUGCAAAAGCAUGUUUCUCAAUGACUCUGCAUGAGAAGUCAAUUUUUUGUGGAGUUAUAAAGGCUGCCAAGUUGCCAGAUGGGACUGCAUCAAAUAUUUCAAAAUGCGUACAAGUUGCUGACAAAAAAUUUCUGAAAGUUAUACAAGUGGAAGAUUUAGAUUACCUAGAAGAGGAGAUUGCUGAGAUACUUUAUCAGUUGGAGAUGAUGUUUCCUCCAAGUUUCUUUGACAUAAUGGUUUACUUGCCUAUUCACCUGGUAAAUGAAGUUAGAUUGGGUGGUCUUGCUUGUAGCAACCUGCCCUAA